GUGAUACUUUUGAGUUAACUAUCAACCAGAUUCAAACAAGCUCCAGCUCAUUCGAGUGAGGGUAGCUUGGGCUGUUGAACAAGAAGGAACUCCCGAGUGAAGAAUAGGCAUGGGGAUCCUCUAUUCAGAGCCCAUCUGUCAGGCAGCUUAUAGCAACGAUUUCAAUAAAGUUCAUCUGCUUUUGGAGCGCAACAGCAACUAUCUGAAUGUCCAGGACAGCUUCAGUGGAGACACCCCCUUAAUCUGUGCAUGUAGACAAGGAAACAACAGGAUAGUUAAUUAUCUUCUUAGAAAACAUGCUGAUGUCAACCUCAGAAACAAGAAGGACCGCACUUGCCUCCACUAUGCUGUGAGAAAACGCUUUACCUUCCUUGACUAUGUGCUCAUCAUAAUCCUCAUGCCAGUUAUGCUUAUUGGAUACCUGCUCAUGGUGUCAAAGACAAAACAGAAUGAACACCUGGUCAAGAUGCUGCUUAGAGCUGGAGUCGAUGUGAAUGCUGCAGACUCUUCUGGCAGCACAGCCCUUCACUAUGCUUGUGAAAUGAAAAACCAGGCAGUCAUUCCUCUACUGCUUGAAGCUCAUGCAGACACUUCUGUAAAGAAUCAGGAUGGGGAGACUCCCUUAGAUAUAGCAAGAAGAUUACAGUUCCACAACAUUGAAAGCAUGAUAAGAAAAGAUUCCUAGCCAUCAAGGACUCUCAAAGUUGCAGAAAAUUACCUCAUCUGACAAUCCACCUUUCGCAACAGCAGAAGUCCUGCAGAGGAUGAGGGCUGAUACUUGAAAAAGACUCGGUCCACAUCCACCCAUUCCUUGCUGCAGACUUGGACAAUUUUGUGUGAGAUUUGUCAGUACCCCAAAGGCCAUGAGAGGGCUGAAAGAAGUUAUUUUAUUUUACUAAGCCAUGAACUACAAUAGUGUUCAAAAUAUUGUCCUUCCCAUCUGCUUCAUCAGUUUUAUUACUUGACUUCUGCAGACUGUGGCUUUUGAAAGCUAGCUAUAAAAUAUCUGGAAACCUAAACAUUGCAUAUGAUGUUUGGCAGCCAAUGCAAAAAUAAAAUAUAUUUUAGAGUGUGUGUUACUUGUUCCAUAGGGGAACUAAACAGUACUCGAUAGCAGUUAUAAAAGGUCUGGUACCCUUCUUCUUAGUAUUUCUCUUCCUACAGUGGGAGGGGCUGCGAAAACAAAUCUCUCAGUUGAGCCCCUCCUCCUUCCAUCCUUCCUACAAUUUUCAUGCACCUUAAUUCUCACUGUGGUGCUACAAGGGUAGGACUAUCUUUUUUUUUUUUUUUUUUUUUUAAUUUAAGAAACAGCAAAAAGAGAUUCAAUGCCUUACUGGAGACCAUAAAGAAAGUAAAUUCCCAGAUCACUUUAAUACAUUAAGAAAUAGUAAAGAAAAUGUGUUUGGCUCAGUAAAGAAACAGGUCUCUUGGCUACCUUUCCAAUAUAAACAGUGUACUAAAGAAAAAAAAAAAAGUGUCAAUAAAUGAAAUGCUGUUGAUGGAAACCAGAUG